ACGUAAGAGCAAGGCUCUAUAUACUUACCUAUCAGUUGAAUCUCUCCUCUCCCUCUUUUUUUUUUUCUCACUCGUUUCCCCUAUUAUCCUCGUUUGUUCUUCUGUCAACGACCACAAUCUAUACGAAGUCGGGUCUCUCUCCACCCGGAACGCCACCAGAUCAACAUCACUUUCCUUUCCCACCGUUACCACCCAUUUAAACGCCGGUUCCACCCGUUACUCUUUCCCGCGAGAUCGUCGCCUUUUAUAUUCCCCGGUUUUCCUUACGUUAUAUCUUCAUUCCCCACACUGAGCAACACUCUAAUCCGGGGAAACGCACGUGCAUGCUCAGGGUAGUUCGUCAUGAACAAUGUGAGUGCAACUAAAGGCACGACGUUGUUGAACUUACUCCAGGGACUUAUCCUCGGCGCGUUAUUAUUUGAUAACUUGGGCUGUUCUCACCUGUUUCCCACUGGCCCCUCUGCGGAGGUGGUUCAGCGGCCAUGACUGUGUUGGACACUCGUGGUCUAUACCCGGAAAUUCCCCCGAAUGCUCGAACGAAGGCCGACGAUAAUCCAACGCUCUUGGUGAGCUGGUGGGCCACCGGCUUCUCCCUGGCUAUCAUUGUGGUUCGAGUUUGUGGUCGCUAUGUUCGUAUCGAGCGCUUCUUUCGGGAGGAUAAGGUGAUGAUGCUUGCCAUUAUUCCCCUCUUGAUCCGCAUGGCUCUUGUACAUGUUAUCCUGAUCUGGGGGACCAAUAAUACGACGACAGUAGGGUUGACGGCAGAAGAGAUUCAGCAUCGGGUCGUUGGAAGCAGGUUGGUUCUGGUGUCUCGAAUUUGCUAUGCUAUUUUUAUCUGGACUGCCAAAUUUACCCCUUUCAACCAUUACUGGCAAGUGGUUCCGGAUCCAGGCCCCCAGUGUCGCUCCGGCUAUGCGAACCUGAUUACAAUGGGAGUAUGCGACGUGAUUACGGAUCUUCUGCUUGUGGCCUUUCCUAUUCCCCUGAUCAUGAUGACUCACAUGUCUGCGAAACGCAAAGCCUCACUCGUUAUCCUUUUUGCCUUAUCCUUGAUCCUCGUCGGCAUAACCUGCUACCGCGUACCCUCUGUGAUCGGUCAUAAAGGGUCCCAGCAAUACCGAUCUCUUCUGGCGUCUCUAGAGAUCCUCGCUGCCACGGCGGUUUCCAAUGCCAUAGUCAUUGGGUCCUUCGUGCGAGACAAAGGCGUGAAGAAAGCCAAGUUCAAAAAGGCAAUUGGAUCUGCCUCCGUUAGCGAGAGCAUGGAUCACAGCUCGGUUCGUCGUACAACGAUCACGCACCACCACUGGGGCAGUGACUCCGACCUAGCAGGAGAUCUGGGCAUGCGUUUGCACCCUGACCUGGUUUCUUCCGACCACAAGCUGCCUCGGCCAGCCCCUGUGGUUGCUCCCUGUGAGCCCUUAACAGCCCGUACGGGUACCCUUAAUCCAAACUGGUCGUUCAACCGUCAUGCCUCUGCUACCGAUGACGACCGAUCCUCUACCACAGGUAGUCUUGAUAUCAAAGUGAGUCCACACGAGUAUCUUCCAACCAAUACAACACCGCGCAAAGCGUCGGGCGACACCGUCCCGAGCUCACCCGGCCGAGUUUCCAUGUUCGACGUUGGCGGUCUUCUGGAUCCUUCACCAAGGAGCAGCCCCCCUCCGACUUCACAUAUGCAUUACCAAAUGCCUCCUGCCGGGCAACCGACCCGUGCACGCAGUGGAAGCACAGCUUUCCUUCAAGACGUUGGCGGUCUACUCUCCACCCGGACCUCAGGGACUGCUCCAAACACUUCACCGAACUUCUCACGACCUGGCGGUCUUCGUAGUAACUCCUAUGGCCGCCGACGAGGAUCCAGCGUGCAUUUUAGUGAUACGCCGGAGGCACCGGCUCCACCGUAUCGAUCCCAAUCCGAUGUAACUGCGCCUAUUCCUGAGGGAAGGGACGAUGUCGAACUUCAGGAUGUUGGGGGAUUAUUAUCAAAACAUUCAUGAAUAAUGACGGUAUAUACUAAACGAUAGUUGGAUGUAUAAAUAAGCUUCCUUUUCUUCUUCUGGGGGUUUCUUUUCACCCUUGUUU